AUCAAAAAAUAUGUCAGUGGCAUUUGUUUGAAGUCAAUGCCAUUUUCAAUUAUAGCACUAUAGAUGUGCAUAGAAAUAAAUUGAUUAUUAAGUAUCCUAUCCAAGGUUUUUAUAAUUUGCUGCAUAAUAAACUACAUAUACAAUUAAUCCAUUUUCCCAAAAUUUUCAUAUUGAAAUCUUCUUGAAGUUAGACAGCUAGACAUACUGGACCUCCCUAUCAUCAACAUUGCCUUAUUAAAACCACAACACAUAAUAUACGAAAUUAAAGUCGGUUAUUACACCCAUGUUUCAGGAGAUAUCCAAUUAAAAUUUCACAAUCUCCUGUAGUCAUACCUGUAAUUUUUUAAAUUACCUCUGCGCCACUGUAGCAUCUCUCCAAAAUAACACCUGAAAUCCAACAAGUCUAUCGUCUCUCGCAGCAAUUUUGUUGUUUAUGUUGCAGUUGAUUCUGAAUCGCGCUUGCGAUAGGAACUAUCUGUAAAGCGGGAAAUAAUAUGAUCCCGCAAGUGUGUUUCUAUUUAUUAUUGUUGAUAAUUAACAAGUGUCAUGGAUAUCAAAACUCGUGGAAUUCGGAUCGAAGACUUCAGAAAAUCCCACAAGACGUGAUGGUCGAUGUGGUCAACAACUUGGCGUUGAAAUUACUAGCGAUACAUAAUGAAGGUAACGAUAACAACAUUGCAAUUUCACCAUAUGGUGCUGUGAGUGUUUUGGUUGCCCUCAAAGAAGGGCUUCGAGGAAAUGCAGCUUAUGAAAUACAACAAGCUGCGAAUAUUCCUUCUGACCUUUCCGUUAUUCGAAUUGGGUUGCGAGAUAUUCACAGACAUCUCAGAAGUUACUUUAUUCCGGAAGAAGGCUUCCUCUCUGGACUCACUUUAAGUCACGACAACGUAACUCUGAAUCGGGAAUAUGAAGAUAUUUUAAAAUUCUACGGAUUUGACAUCAACAGUUUUAAUAAUGCGGUGUUUGGAGAUCUAUUCACCACCACUGUCGCAACAACUGAAGAAGUUACCACAAGUGCAACAAAUAUGCCGACUGUUACCACAGAAAGUAUUUCAACAACAACACAAAUUGUAUCUAUCACUGAAAAUAUGGUUCCAAAAGAAGAAAUGACGACUCAGAAUGAUAGAAUCACUAGAUCAGAAGCAACUACAACAGAGAUGACAAUAACCACAACUGUUACACCAACUACAACUGCUGUAACUGCGACACAAUUUAUCCCCACUUCCACUGUUACUACUACAACAGCACCAACCACGCAAGUUUUUACAUCAAAUGUAGUUACAACAACACAACAAGUAACGACAACGGUUGAACCAACUACUGAAUAUAAAAUGAACGAAGAAACAGAAAAAGUAACAACUGUAAAACCAACAACUACUGUAACUGAAUUUAAAUUAAGCGAUGAAACAGAAAAAGUAACAACGGUAAGACCAACAUCUACUGAAACAACUACUGUAACUGAAUUUAAAUUAAGCGAUGAAACAGAAAAAGCAUCAACAGUAAAACUAACAUCUACUGAAACAACUACUGUAACAGAAGAAGUGACCACGGAAACUACAGAGGAAGAUUUUGAUACAAUUACUACAACAGAUGAAGAAACUGAAAAUAGUUCCACUGAUAGUUCAACCAAUGAAAUCCAAGAUGAAACCACUGAAUAUCUAGAUGAAAACGAAACUAAUGACACUUUACAUCGAACUACAAGGUCUGUUGUAGAUUAUAUCAUAGCGAGAUAUUAUGACGACCAUACUAUUACACAAAGACCUCCACCAUACAAUUCAGAAAAUGAUUUGUAUUUUUUAAUUAACGGGAUGUAUAAAGAAGGCAAUAUUAAUUACAUGACCUACGAUACGGUUUUACCGUUUCAUUAUAUCCCACAUUUGAAGACUUUAGCUCUUCGAUUUCCUUUAGACAGUGCGAGAUAUUAUCUACUGUUACUUCUCCCGGAAAAUCCACAAAAUAUUAAUAAACUGAUUUGUGAUUUAAGACUGAAUGGUAACUUAAAAUAUAUAAUAAAUAAUUUAAGCUACACUCAUGUGAAAGCAAUUAUACCCAGUUUCAUGUUGAAAGGAUUCGUUGUUUUGACACCGACAUUACAAAAGAUGGGUAUUCGACAAGUGUUCGAGCCGCGACAGGCCGAUUUUUCCCAAAUGACCCCCGACCGAAACAUUUAUGUAACAAACAUCGAACAAGCCAUAACUGUGAACAUUCGAAAUUACAUGGAUCCAAUUAUGAUGAAUAAUAAUAAUCGAUAUCUGCAACGAAAUAAUCCGGUGCUGUUUCGAGCCGAUCAUCCGUUUCUUUACUUCGUCAUGGAUUCAGAAAUCGACGUUACACUGAUGAUGGGCAAAAUUGUAAAUCCCCUUAACUCUAGAAUUAGGUAACAUAAGUGGCUUAUUGUAGUUGAAAUGUUUAUUUAUAUUUAGCUUAUUAAUAAAUUGUAGAUGUAACCACCAUA